GGUUGAUCUUUGGAAUGCCAGUAACUUGAAGUUUGGAGACGAGUUUCUAGGAGAACUGAGGCUCCCUUUGAAAUUUCUCCGACAGUCUAGUUCUUAUGAAGCAUGGUAUUUCCUGCAGCCCAGAGAUAAUGGUAACAAGUCAUUGAAACCUGAUGACCUCGGUUCCUUAAGGUUAAAUGUGGUUUACACUGAGGACCAUGUUUUUUCCUCAGACUAUUACAGUCCACUUAGAGACCUCCUGCUAAAAUCUGCAGAUGUUGAGCCUGUUUCAGCAUCAGCUGCACACAUUUUGGGUGAAGUUUGCAGAGAAAAACAGGAAGCAGCUAUACCUCUUGUCAGGCUUUUCUUACACUAUGGCAGAAUUGUGCCUUUCAUAAGUGCCAUUGCGAACGCUGAAGUGAAGAGAACUCAAGAUCCAAACACCAUUUUCAGAGGAAACUCAUUAACUUCCAAGUGCAUUGACGAGACAAUGAAACUGGCAGGGAUGCAUUAUCUGCAAGUUACACUAAAGCCAAUUAUAGAUGAGAUCUGCCAGGUCCAUAAACCUUGUGAAAUUGAUCCUGUGAAGUUAAAAGAUGGUGAAAACCUGGAAAAUAACAGGGAAAAUCUGAGGCAAUAUGUUGAUCGCAUUUUUACUGUAAUUACAAAAUCUGGUGUAAGCUGCCCUACAGUUAUGUGUGAUAUUUUCUUUUCACUGAGAGAAUCAGCUGCCAAACGUUUUCAAGGUGACCCAGAUGUGAGGUAUACAGCUGUUAGCAGCUUUAUUUUCCUGAGAUUCUUUGCCCCUGCCAUUCUUUCUCCAAACCUCUUUCAGCUUACACCACACCAUCCAGAUCCCCAGACUUCUCGAACUUUGACGCUUAUCUCUAAAACCAUUCAAACGCUAGGCAGCCUAUCAAAAUCUAAAUCUGCCAAUUUCAAGGAAUCCUACAUGGCUACUUUUUAUGACUAUUUUAAUGAGCAGAAAUAUGCAGAUGCAGUAAAAAAUUUUCUAGAUUUAAUUUCAUCUUCGGGAAGGAGAGAUCACAAAAGCAUAGAGCAACCUAUUUUGCUUAAAGAAGGGACUCUUAAACUAACAGUAAAGAAAGUUGAUGGUAAUAGUUCAUGCAGGUUCAUGAUCAAGAGAGCACAAGGAAGAAAACGCUUUGGUAUGAAAAACUUCAAGAAGAGAUGGUUUCGCCUGACAAACCAUGAGUUUACCUAUCAGAAAAGCAAAGGUGAUCACCCUCUGUGUAGCAUUCCAAUUGAAAACAUUCUGGCAGUGGAAAGACUGGAGGAGGAAUCCUUUAAAAUGAAAAAUAUGUUCCAGGUGAUCCAGCCUGAAAGAAGAGUCCUGUAUAUCCAAGCAAAUAAUUGUGUGGAGGCCAAGGACUGGAUUGAUAUCCUCACCAAAGUUAGCCAAUGCAACAAGAAGCGCCUCACGGUCUACCAUCCUUCUGCGUAUCUUAAUGGCCACUGGCUUUGCUGUAAAGCUACUGCAGAUAAUACUCCCGGCUGCACACCCUGCACAGGAGGCCUACCAGCAAAUAUACAACUGGAUAUAGAUGGAGAUAGAGAAACUGAGCGCAUUUACUCUCUUUUCAACUCCUAUAUGCCAAAAUUGGAGAAAAUGCAAGAGGCCUGUGGCAGCAAAUCUGUAUAUGAUGGACCUGAAGAGGAAGAAUAUUCUACAUUCAUCAUUGAUGACCCUAAGGAAACAUAUAAAACACUAAAGCUGAUUAUUGAAGGUGUUGGAACUUUAGAGCAGGAGCAUGCUCAAUAUAGGAGAGAUAAAUUUAAGAAGACAAAAUAUGGAAGCCAAGAACAUCCCAUUGGUGACAAGAGCUUCCAGACGUAUAUCAGGCAGCAGUCAGAGAUCUCGGCGCAUUCCAUAUGAAAUGCAAAGGAAAUCACAGGACAGUGCUGAAGGGUCGAUCAGUGAAGCUAAAUAGCAAAACAAAAGGGAAGCCACACAUGUAGCAAAAUGUAUGGAUAAGUGUCAAGCUUACAAACUUUGAGACUUGCUAAACGUAUUCUCUUUUCAAGAAACUGUUAUAAUAGUUGCUAUGCACUUUAUUCAUCUGGUUAUUGACAGAUGAUAAAACUCUGCCUUCUAGGCAGUUGUUGUCAUGUGUAUUUUUAAAUUUGCUUUGGUUUCUUGGAACCUAGUGAUCAGUUCAAUGAUCAAGGUGUGUGGACUUCAUCUUGACAACUCCAAUGCAAUUCCUUGUGUUUCAGAAACCAAGCAUGCUGCUAAUAUGCAGCAUUUUCUAGAAUGGUUGUUUUGUUACUGUUUUUUGUUCCUGAUUAAUGUAUAUUAUGUCACAUCCCUGCGUGCUCUCUUAGGAAAAGCUUAGUAACACUUUUUGUGCCUGCGUUUAGAAGAGAAGCAGAGAAAAAACCCACUAAUGUAAUCUCUUGUGUUGUAACUUGUAUUCUGAGCAGGCCAAGGAGCAGGCCUUUUGUUUUUGCAGCAGCAUAAUUUUUGAUAAAUGUGCACAAUUUUUAAUAGAAAUUCAGAUCUGAAUGGUACUCUUGAUAUUUUUGAGAUACAAAGUCAUUUCUCCAGACACAUUCAGCAGACUUUGGUUUUGAAGAUGCAAUCUCAGCGGUAUAAUAAAAGUGACUCUCAUAAAUAUAAGUAAGAAAGAAAUGAACUUAUGUCAAAGCUACAUGUCUCUUUUGUGCAGUCCAGUGAAUGGUAAUCUUUGAAAGUCUGCCGGCUGAAAGGCAAGGUAAGCUGAUUUUUUGGCCUUUUACCACCACAGCGAGAAUGACAAAUAGAAUACGAGUCUGGCAGCUGAGACAUGCUGACUCCCAGGCACAAAAGCCGUCAAGAUGGGUUUUCUCUGAAAGGAUGUUUAAGCACUGGAGUCCAUGCUAUCCUAAUACCACUUGCUUUUCUAGAAAAUAGAUUUGUACUUUUCCAAAAAUGUUUUUAAAUACUUUUUAAAAGAGACAUGUUGAAGGAUAUUUAGUAUAUUAACACACAUAAUGGUAACUUGUUAAUAUUCUGAGUGUAGUGAAAAUGGAAUGAGCUGUGUAUCUCACUAAUACCAACAAAAGUCAUUAAGGAGGGGGGAAAAAAAGAUCUGCUAAAUAUAAGAUAUAUAUGUAUGCUAUUUAGUUGUACACCGUAACUUUCCUGUGUAUAAGGGUCUGAUUUAGGAACAUCUAGCAUUGACGGCACAGAGCCUGCGUGAUGGACUUUAAGCUUCUGUGGGGUAGAAGCUAGUGUUGGUUUUAAGCUGAAUUGGAACAGAAAGCAUUGAACUAUCAGUUUAAUGUGAAGAU